AUUUGAGGUGAAAUGUAAAACAAGGCUAGUCAGGAAGGAUUAGAGUCCUGUGAGCAGCGUGGCCCUGCGGCAGCACCCAACGCUGUGACAAUGGCUGCUUGUUUUUUGCGGUUUACCCAUGGAUUUAAAACGCUUUGUCAGUCCAAGCUGAAAAUGAGUGCAGUAGGGGAAAACCCCCUGGACCCUGCCACGCCAGAGUCACGCAAGAGGAAAGGCUCACCAUGCGACACAUCAGGGCAAAGUGUGGAGAAGCGGAGACGGGAGCUGGAGUGCCGCUACAUCGAGGAGCUGGCUGAGCUGCUGUCAUCCAACAUGGGCGACAUUGCCAGCCUCAGUGUCAAGCCCGACAAGUGCCACAUCCUCAAGAGCACCGUGGACCAAAUUCAGCAGAUGAAGCGGCGUGAGCAGGAGAAAGCAGCUCUUCUGUCUCCAGAUGACGAGGUGCAGAAGAGCGACAUCUCCUCCAGUAGCCAGGGGCUGGUGGAGAAGGAGGCUCUGGGGCCCAUGCUGCUAGAGGCCCUCGAUGGGUUUUUCUUCGUGGUCAACCGGGAGGGCCGCAUCGUCUUCGUGUCUGAGAACGUGACGAGCUACCUCGGAUACGCCCAGGGGGAGCUGAUGACCUCCAGCGUCUACAGCAUCCUCCACGUGGGAGACCACGAGGAGUUUGUUCGCAAUCUUCUGCCCAAAAGCCUGGUAAACGGCGUGCCGUGGCCACAGGAAACUGGCCGAAGGAACAGCCACACCUUUAACUGUCGCAUGCUGAAGAGGCCGCCGGACGAGGUGGACUCAGAAAAUCCAGAAGCUCGGCAGCAAUACGAGAUGAUGCAGUGUUUCACCGUGUCCCAACCGCGGACCAUGCAGGAGGAGGGAGACGACCUGCAGAGCUGCCUGAUCUGUAUUGCCUGUCGGAUACCUCGCACCCAGCCUUUCAGCACUGAGUCUUUCAUCACGAAGCAGGACCCCACAGGGAAGAUCAUCUCCAUAGAAACUAGUGCUUUGCGAGCGACAGGCCGGCCUGGCUGGGAAGACCUGGUCAGGAAGUGCAUCUACGCUUUCUUUCAGCCGCAGGGCAAAGAGCCCUCCCACGCCAAGAAGCUGCUGCAUGAGGUGAUGACCCACGGCACCGCCAUCAGCCCGUUGUACCAUUUCACGUUAAGUGAUGGCACCCCGCUCAGCGCUCAGACCCGCUGCAAGUUCUGCUGCCCCCCCAACCCUGACGUACAGCCCUUCAUUAUGGGCAUUCACACUAUUGACAGGGAACACAACACUGCUAGCUCUCAGGAAAACACUAACCCCAGCCUUCCACCGACCCUCGGCAGCCUUGCCCAGACUCCUUCCCGCUCCCCGACCCUCCCCCCCGGCAGUAACUGGACCCAAGGCUCAGGCCUUGCCACCUCGGGCCUCCACCCCAACAACACCAACACCUCCCCCCACGGACAUAACCCAGCCACACCCACAGGCUACCUGACGCCCAAUCGGACCUGCCCCCAGCAGGUCAACAGCCCCUCUCCUCUGAGCAGCCCACUCACAGCCACCCCUACCUCUUUUAUGUCGCCCAGGAUGCCACGGGCCAGUCCUGGGUUAGGGGGGAGCCCCCGGGUCCCGGGGAACCCCUUCUCUCCUUCCACACCGGGCCUCCACUCCCCAGCCGGGGACCUUAGUGGUGGAGGCGGCCUCACCAGGCAGCAGUCUGGCGGCGAUGGUAGCAGCGGCGCCAUCGGUGGGUCGGCGGGGUCCUUCUCCCUGUCGUCUCCGGUCCUCCAGAGACAAGCCAGUACACCCACCGGCUCCUCCACUCGCCCUCCGUCUGCAAAGCCGCCAGAGGGAGGAGAAGGAGGGGGAGAGGACUCUGUUAAAGCCCCCCUUCCUUCUGCCUCACAGCUGGGGAACCCCAGACUCAAUCAGCUCCUGGAUAGCAAUGGGACAGGAGCUGAAUCUAACAACAACAACAGAAUCCACUGCACCUCAUCACCUCAUCCACCGAACCCGCCCCCCGCCCCUCAGUGCCCCGCCUCCCACAGCACGCUCACCGAGCGACAUAAGAUCCUGCAUCGGCUGCUCCAGGACACCAGUCCCAACGAUGCCUCCGCCACCACUGAGGACGGACUAAACAAAAACGACGUCGAGAUCAAGAGGGAGCCGUCUGCCAGUCCGGCUCAGACCACAUCACCUCCUAAGUCCAGCUCCAGAGAGCCACAGGACCACCAACUGCUCCGCUUCCUCCUGGACACGGAUGAAAAGGAUUUGGGGGACCUGCCGCCUCCAUCUGCCCUCAGUCUGCAGACAGUCCGGGUUAAAGUGGAGAAGAGAGUCAGCGUGGACGGACUGCCCUGCGCCGGCUUGACUGUUGCAGCAGGAGGAGCAGCCAAACCUGCAGGAGUUUGCAGCACCUCCGCUUGCAUCAGCCCCAAAUCCAGCCCCGUCGGGGAGAACCGCAGAGACAGCCGCAAGGACAGCCGGGACUCCACGAUCUCUGGUGGCCCUGUUGACAUGGACCCUCUCACCCAGCUGCUGCCUGGCCUGAGAGGCCCGAGUGGGGCCAAACAGGGAAGUGAGGAUUCAACAACCCCUGGAGGAGGCCCCCAACUCCACUCUCCAGCCCCGCAGCCCCCAGCUCAGCUCCAGUCCCCCCUGCCUCAGCUCCAGUCCCCCCUGUCCCAGCCACCCCUUCCCCAGUUGCAGUCGCCGUCACCCCAGCUCCACUCCCCCUCCCCCCAGCUCAAACUGCAGUCACCCACUCAGCUCCAGCCCAGCGAGGCCAGCACUCCCCGCAACGUAAAUGUGAAGAGAGAGCCUCCCGGCACUCCUAACAGAGGACUCAGUGACGGCGGCCCGCCCUCCGGCUGCAGCCUCCAGAGUCAGACAUCCUUUGACUUCUGCAGCCCCCCCACUCCAAACCAGACACAGAACCAGGGACAGGGAGACCCCUUCCAGACCCCCAAAGACAGCAGCCCCUUCCCAGAGGCAGAAGUUAUCAACCCAUUCAGUUCAAGCACUGGCCUAUCCAAGAUGGAUGUGGGAGACUCCCAGUUCCAGCCUCUGGCUCUGUCCGACACCUUGUCCUUCGACGGUCUUGGAACAUCUUUACAAGCGCCCUUGGCAUCACCACAAGAGCAGUGUGUGCCCUGUACGCUGGAUGAAGUGCUGGGUCCUCCGACCACACCAGAGGGCCGAAACGAUGAGAAAGCUCUGCUGGAGCAGCUCGUCUCCUUCCUCAGUGGGACUGAUGAGAGUGAACUGGCGGAGCUGGACAAAGCUCUGGGGAUCGACAAACUGGUGCAGGGCGGCUGUUUCGACCCUUUGCCCCAAAACUUCCCAUCUCAGCAACCCACUGCCAGCCCCGGCUCCAUGGACUCCAAACUCCCCACCUACCCUUCCCAGUUCACAGCAGCUCCACCAGCUCAGUUUGCUCCAGAGCUGGCCACGGUGGGGCCGCAGGGUCUGGGCUUCGGAGCCCCCCGAGGGGCUUUCCCCGGCGCCACGGCGGGCAUCGGGCUGAGGCCGGGCAUGACGCGGCCGCAGGGGAUGGGACCUCAGCUCAGGCUGCCCCCCAACCAGCUCCGCCUGCAGCUGCAGCAGAGGCUGCAGGGCCCGCAGCAGCUCCAGAACAGGAUGGCAGGCAUGAGUCCGUUUCCCGGAGGAGCCCAGCAUGUGAACAUGGGGAUCCGUCAGGGGGUCCAGCAGCCUCAGAUGCCCUCACAGCAGCCUCCGCUGAACGCCCAGAUGCUGGCUCAGCGGCAGAGGGAGCUCUACAGCAUCCAGCACCGCCAGCGCCAGCUCUUCCAGCAGAAGGUCAUGCUGAUGAGACAGAACAUGGCGGGCGCUCCGACCGGCGCCGUGGGGCCCCUCGGAACUGCCAGGGUCCCCAAAGGUCCCCCAACCACGCCUCAACAGCAGCAGCAGCAGCCGCAGCAACAGCAGCAGUUCAACUUCCCACCAGGGUACAACCCAUUGACGGGAAAAUCCCCUACCUCACCAAGUCACUUCAGCCCCAUGACCGGGGGCCCUCUGGACAACAAACUGCCGGGCCGAGGCCCCUUAAACAACCAGACGCUGAUGGGCGGCGUGCAGGGCCAGUUCAGCAGCACCGUGAACUCCUCACUGCAGCAGGGCCUGUUCCAGCAGUUUGGAGGGGCUGCUAUAACCCAGCAAGACCCCUCGUUCCCUCCUGAGAUGAGCCCGACCAGCCCCUUGUUGUCACCUCAGAACUCCACCUCCCAGAGUCCUCUGCUUCAGCAAGCCCCGCCCCCUGGCUACCAGUCACCAGAAAUGAAGAGCUGGCAACAGACAGGCCUGGGCAGCAACAGCCUGUUCAGUCAGUCCGGACAGAGUGCAGGGCAGGCGUUCGGCCAGCAGGGGGUCUACAACAACAUGAGCAUCACCGUGUCCAUGGCCGGGGGCUCGGGUGGCGUCGGCUCAUUACCUCACAUGGGGCAGCCGGUCGGCAUGAGCAACAGUAACCUCAGCAGCGUCGGUUCAGUGUGCAGCGACCAGCAGGUGCAGCAGGUUCAGGUGUUCGCGGACGUCCAGUGCACAGUGAACCUUGUUGGCAGUGACUCCUACCUGAACCAGGGCUCCAUCGGGGCCCCGGCCUCCCAGAAGGGCCCCGGACCACCGGGCCCCCCGAACAACCAGGCCCAGCAGAAGAGCCUCCUCCAGCAGCUGCUCACCGAGUGACGACCCUACGGAAACCUCCCCUUCUCAGCUCUCCUCAAAACUCCCUCUACUUCUACACUUCUACGCCUCCUCCUCGGAGGUCGGUGCACCAGACCCAUUGCUGUCUCUGUCUCACCUUUUGGAUGGAUGGAUGUUUGGAACGACCACACGAGUAAGCUCGGAGAGGUUUUUCGGCUGGCUCGGUCGGAGUUAAACGGCAGCCGGAACCACUUGUGUGCGGCGGCGGCGGAGGAGGGAAAUCGGCGGCUGGUUGUUUUGCCGCCCAGUACUUUUAAAGAAAAGACUAAAGUCAGAAGGAGCAGCAGUGUAUUUAAACCUGCCUGUCUAAUCUGUCUGACAACCUGUCUGUCUGCCUCAGCCUAUUAAAGGCAGUGUUGUCUUGCUGCUCAUUCCUUGGUGACCUACUUCCUGCUUCCUGACCCAAGAAAACAACUGCGACAUCAUUGUAGAUUUGCCAAGUUGUCGUCACUGUCAAAUCAGGGCCGGCCUCUUAUUUUUUUCUGUUUUUGUUUUUUUUGUUGUUGUUAUGUCGCAGCAGCAGCAGCAGCAUCAGCAGCAGCAGCAGUGCAUCUUGGGAGCAUGAGUUGCAGCAAACAGCUGCGCUCAUCAUUUAAAGUGUGCGGAGUUAUCCCACACGGCAGCACCUCUGGCUUAUUUUUGUUUGUUUUUUUUAUUUGUCGUUUUUUCCUGUCUACCUGUCUCUCAGCGAUGUGGGAAUGUUUAAGGUUUCAGACCUCUGUGGCAUUGUGGGAUAGAAGCUCAGUAUCAGCUGGUUCUGUGACUGUCUCUCUCUAUCAGCUACAGUGCCUGGUGGAAGUUUGAGUUUUUCCCCCAAAAAAGCUCUGCUUCUUCUUCUUCUUCUUCUUCUAAUUCUAAUUCUUCGACAUAUUAUUCUAUUUUGUUUUUGGUUGAAUUGUUUUUGUUUGAAAAAAAAAUCUUCUGCUCUCACCGUCAUCAUCAUCAUCAUCAUCAUCAUCAACAUGAUCAUCAGAACAAGCUUUGACAACAGCCGGAACGGACGGACGAACGGACGAACAGAUGGAUGGAUGGAUGGAUGGAUGGAUGGGAGACAGACGGGAUGCUGCUCAGUUUGGAACUUACGUGUCUUUCUCCCCCCACCCCCCCACACGGGAGGAGGUUUUAUUUUUAUUUUUUCAAAGUAUAAAAAAGAGACUGUUAUGAUUAUUUAACUGUCUGUCCGUCACAUUUUACCCCUCACCUCAGCAGCUGUGAAUACAGAGCUCUGUUGGGCUCUCUCUCUCUCUCUCUCUCUCUCUCUCUAUCUCUCUCUCUCUCUCUCUCUCUCUCUCUCUCUCUCUCUCUCUCUCUCUCUCGGCCUAUCAGUGUUGUUUGCCAUGUGCACCAUGCAGGCGGGUAGUAUUGUACAGUACAGAAGGACAAAGACUUGGGGGGAUGAGCUCACUCUUCUCUUGUAACUGCUUUUAAAAAGAUGAUAAAAAAAAGUGUAAUUAAUUAAUUGAUUACUCAGAAACAGCAAAACUAUGUAUAAUGUGAUUCGAUCCAGGUUUUUAUUUUAUUUUAUUUUUAUUAUUUUUUUAAAUUCUAAUAAUGUCAGCUCAUUGUUUUUCUUUUUUUUUUCUUUUUUUUUUGGCAUCAUGAUAUUGUAAUACCGCUAAAUGUUGCAGUGGAGGAAAAGGAAAAGUUAUUCCAUCUUCUGAAAUGUGAAAAAUUCUUUUAAAAAAGCAAUUGAUUAUAAGAAGAAAUAUAUAGCUAGAGAAUCUAUACGCUCCCUUCCCAUUCACGAGAAGCCACAACACUACUUUUUCCGGUUAAAAAAAAAAAAAGAAAUGAAAUAUGAUAUGGGGGUUUUAAAUCGCUUAAUUGCUUUCUCUUGUGGUAACCAGGGAGCUAGUUAGCCAUCUUCUCUUGCUUUCUCCUCUUUUUUUAUUCUUAUGUAUGUACAAUACUUUCAAGAGAAAACUUUUCAGACAGUACAUGUGUUUGUAACCAUUGUAUAAAGAGAAAAAAGAAAAGCAUAAUAAUACCUUAAAACCGCGCUCUUUGCUGCGAUGACGUGACCUCUGGGGGAUGCUAACGGUACGUAGCCGCAUCGACACUCGUAGCGCCCGUAGUCGCAGCAAAAUAAAAAAACAAACACGACGCGCUUUUGGAUAUUGUUCCUAUAUAAUGACAUUUAAAGUAGAGGCUUUAGUAAUAGAAGUUCCUAACAAAGAUGUGAUGGAUAAAAUCAUUUCAAAAGCUGUCAUGGAAAUUUGAAAAAUAGGAUGGGUUGAGUCGCAAAAAAUGUUUUUUUUAUUUUUCUCCUGCAAAAACCUGUUUUUAUCUUCUUCUUUUUGGGAUUCAACCCUCUUCUCCCUCCACCUCUGGUUCCCUGAUGAAGACUUCACUCCACUUGCUAAACACACAAACAAACAAACAAAGUUUUCUGUUGACUACUGUUGCUCGGUCAGACACUGUCUCUCUCAGCGAUAACAGACCUCUGUUGACAAAGAAAAAGUCAGAAAAGAUGUGCAGAUUUACCUGGAAAACAAUGAAAAACCCUGCCGAGACUUUGCCUCUAAAUAUUCUUUACAUUACUUAUUUAAUGUGGAGAUAUACACAAAUUAUCUGAAUAUCAGGCAUCAGGAACAUCUGACACUUCACCCAAAGGUUUCAAGUGUAGGACUGAAGUUUUAUAUCAGUCUUUUAAAGGUUAUAUGUUGGAUUUUUUUCAAGUGUGGUUGCAUGAGGUACUGAUUCGUAGUUUGUGUGUUACCUACGGUGGAUGGCGUUUAGCAUGCCUGCUGUUUGGUGAAGCUGCAGGAGAACCAGCAUGGACAGAAGCAGCAGCAAAAUGUGUUUUAGCCAUAUAAAUCAUACUUAAAUCAGUUUAAAUGAGCGCUAUAUUUGGAAUAUUUUCACUGCUUCAAAGCCACCAGACUCCAUUGACAAAAGCAGUAAUUUACCCUGCAGAACACAGGAGUUGCUGGUUCACUUUUGCUUUCAUCAGUUAGUGCGUUUGUGUUAUUGUGUGACUUUGGUGUUUUAAAAUGUUAGUUCAGAUUCACCAAAGUCACAAAAAAAACACAAAAUAACUAACUGACAGA